AAGAGAGAUGUGAGGUUCACGGAGGAAAAAAAAACAAUGUUGGCCUGUGGUUGCUGGCGGCGACGGCACCAGAGGAGGGUAGAAGAACAUGACCAUCAAGAAAAUCGUCGCCACAGCAAGAAAAUCGUCGCCACAUGGAUGAUCUGGAGUCGGGGUGGGGAGAACAAGAUGUGACCGUGUGAAGUUCGGACGAGGUCAGACAGACUUGGAAACAUGAGCCGCGUCGCUUGUCUUCGUCUUCGAGCGAGCGCCGCCACCCCUCCCUUCCCAUCCCGCUGCCUAGCAGCGCCCCAGCCUCCUCGCUCCGUCUCUCGUCUUCCUCCUCGUGCGAGCGACUCCACCGCAGGCAAAAAUCAAGGUAGGGCGACCGCCCUACCUUGCCCUACCGGGUCCUCCGCCCUCGGUUGGAGUGGCGAAUCGGGGCUCCGCCUGUACCGCAGGUUCUGCACCUACGACGAGAGAGAUGACAGGGCACUUGAGGAAGAAUUUGAGAGAAAAUUUGGAUGGAUGUUAAAGAUAUUCUUCCUAGGAACCGCUGGCCUUGUUGGUUGGCAAUUCUUUCCUUACAUGGGGGAUAACCUACUUCAGCAAUCCAUUUCGCUUUUGCAUGUCAAAGAUCCCUUGUUCAAGCGGAUGGGAGCUUCACGAUUAGCUCGUUUUGCAGUUGAUGAUGAAAGGAGAAUGAAAGUGGUAGAGAUGGGGGGAGCUCAAGAAAUCCUGAAUGUGUUGGAAGGUGCUAAAGAUGAUAAAACACGUAAAGAAGCUCUGAAGGCUCUCGUGGCACUCUCAAAGUCUGAUAAAGCUGCGGGGUUUUUGGACAAGGCAGGCGCCUACGCCAUCGUCAGUUCCACUCCGAACUCCCCUGAAUAUGCCGAGAUCGAGGCUUGCAAGACUAGACUUCUCAAAGCGUUUGAUCAGCUGAAGUCAUGAUGGUAGAUGGCACCGAGUAAAUUGAAUCCUUCAUCUAUAUGUUUUCUCUAGACGGAGACUUUGAUGGAAUCAUUUCUUUUUAAUGAAACAAGAGAAUCCAGCUCAGCACACCCUUUUUGAA